AUGAAUAACUUCCCCUUCCACCACGGCGACAUGGAUAACUUCCACUUCCUUGUUCGCAACGGCCAGCCCACCCCACCGCCGUUUGACGAGCCACGGGCCUCGGUGGCCUCCUCCUUUCAGUACCCCGCGCUGUCGCCGGAAAACUACAGCCCUCCCGACAGUGCCAACGGCGCCACCGGCUCCUCGGGUGGUCGUCGACGCAAAAUCGAGGACACCGACGGGGGCGCCGACGAGGAGACGGCGAAGCGCCGGCGAUUCCUAGAGCGCAACCGGCUCGCGGCCAGCAAAUGCCGCCAAAAGAAGAAGAUGGAGGCGCAGAUGCUGGAGCAGAAGUGCGAGAAAGAGACGAAACGGAGACUGUCUCUUAAUAGACAGGUCCGUGAUCAUCGAGAGGAAUUGAUCGAUCUGAAGGGGCUCCUGCUGGCGCAUGCCGGCUGCGGCAACCCAGCAAUCGACCGGUACCUGGCAAAGAUGGUGGCUACGAUCACCCCCAUCAAAGAUCACGGGGGGAACAGCGACAAGGAGGAUUCACCUCCUACAAUCGACGUGCCUGCCGCCGACCCGGACAUGUCCUCGCAGCCGCUAUUUUUUGGGUUCGAUGGGGGCCAGUCCCCGGGGCCUCCAUCCGAUAGUAUGGAACCGUCGUUUAUGGUUGACACCUUCGACGAUUUCAUCUAUCAGGAUGAAUAA